AUGAUAGGUACUCUGUCUACUUUCGACGUGAAGGAGCAGACAUGGGAAGAGUAUUGCGAGAUACUAGAGCAGUUUUUUGAAGCUAACGGAAUUGAUGACGGAGAAAAGCAAAGAGCUAUCCUCAUCAGCGUGGUGGGACCAGCCACAUACAAGCUCAUAAGGAACCUGGCGACUGAAAGAGGCCGGCCUGUGACUUACCUCGGGCAUGUAGUUAAUGCUGAAGGCUUACAUCCUGUACUGAGUAAAGUGAGAGCCAUAGAGGAAGCUCCACCGCCAACCACAGUGACUGAGCUAAAGGCCUAUUUAGGUCUCUUGAAUUACUAUAACAAGUUUCUCCCUAGUCUAGCUACAUGCUUAGUCCUUUUACACAAUCCGGGUCACUAUUCUGUGGACAAAGAUUUAGUGCUUGCGUGUGACGCCUUGCCAUACGGAAUAGGCGCCGUACUGAUGGAAGAUGGUAGUGAAAAACCUUUAGGCUUCAUGUCACGCACGCUAACACCAACAGAGAAGCGUUACUCACAGCUCGAUAAGGAAGGGUUAGCUAUCAUUUUCAGGAUUAAGAGGUUUCACAAAUACAUCUACGGACGAACAUUCACAAUCAGCACCGACCACAAGCCACUUAUAUCAAUCUUUAAUGAAAAAAAGCCAGUGCCACAGAUGGGGUCACAGAAAGUGCAGAGGUGGGCGACACUCCUCAGAGCUUAUGAGUACAAAAUCUUAUACAAGCCGAGGCAGGAACAUGCAAAUGCAGACGCGAAAGGAUGGCCAAGGGAGGUGGAUACAAUGUACAAACCCUACAGUCAGAGGAAACUGGAGCUGAGUGUGAAAGAUGGAUGUGUGCUCUGGGGGGCGAGAGUGGUCGUUCCGCAGAGGAGCAGGAAAGCCAUUUUAAAACAGUUACAUCACACACACCCAGGAAUUUCUAGAAUGAAGGGCUUAGCACGUUCAUAUGUUUGGUGGCCAGGAAUGGACUCCGAAAUUGAAAAGGAAGUGCAGUCUUGCCAUACAUGUCAGGAAAACAGGAAUCCUCCAGCAGGAGCACCGCUACAUCCAUGGGAGUGGCCGGAGACCCCCUGGAGCAGACUGCGUGUGGAUUACGCCGGCCCUUUCCUAGGGAAGAUGUUCCUCAUCCUGGUAGAUGCACACUCCAAAUGGAUUGACGUGUACCCAGCCAGUGCAGCAACAAGUCAAGUUACCAUUGAAAAGCUCAGACAAUGCUUUAGCAUACAUGGCCUACCCCAGACCAUAGUAUCAGAUAAUGGAACUUGCUUCACAAGUCAAGAGUUUCAAGCAUUCCUAAAACAGAACGGGAUACAGCACAUAACAUUCGCACCUUUCCAUCCAGCAUCUAACAGUCUAGCAGAAAGAGCUGUACAGUCGUUCAAACAAGGAAUCACGAAAAUAAAGGGAGAUACUUUGGAAACAAAGUUAGCUAGAUUUUUGUUUAAUAACAGAAUUACACCCCAAACCACAACUGGAGUGUCACCAGCGGAAAUGCUUAUGUCCAGGAGGCUGCGCUCAACAAUGGAUCUUCUGCCUCCGGAUGUGAAGUCAAAGAUACGCAAGAAACAGCUCAAGCAGAAAGAACAACAUGACACACACAGUAAGUGGAGGAGUUUUUCUCCUGGGGAUGAUGUGUACACAUGAAACUACAGUCAUGGACCCCAUUGGAUACCAGCAGUCAUUGAAGAGAACACAGGACCUGUAUCCUAUACCGUACAGACAGGAGAUGGACGAGUUAUGAGGCGUCAUGUCGAUCAAAUCAGAAAAGUCAUACAAUAGUGAGCGGUGAAUUGCCUGUGCCCGAGAGGAUGGAGGAGCCUACCAGUCUUCAGGUUCCAGAUACCGUAUUGGAGGCCCUGCCUGUGGACUCUGCCAUCACCCCUGCGGUCAGAGAGAGAAUGACUGCUUCUGAGACAGCCCAAGCACACCCCUCAGUUGUUGAACAGACGAAAGCAGGAAUAGAUCCACUACCUGUGUUGCGCCGCUCCGAGCGCACCAGACAGACUCCUGCUUAUCUGAAAGACUUCGUGAAAUAGUAGUGAGAUCCCUCAAGACAGAGCAAGAAUGCGCUCUGGGACUCACUGGAAGGAUGGCAGUCUACCCACCUUCCUAGUUUU